AUGUCGAGUACAACAAUCAUACCCGUUAUAUAUUCUAAAAAAACACAUCCUCAUCGUCAACAACAAUCGAAUGAUACCUAUUCAGUAGUCGAUCAUGGAAACGGCAAGAAAACAAUCAAUUAUCGUUUUAAUUUGCAAGAUUAUCGUCCCGAAGAUAUCUCCGUUGAACUAGAUGAUAGUACAUUGAGAAUAAAAGCAAUACGCCCACAUGGCGAUAGUUAUCAUUCUGAAUUUGUACGUGAAUUUAAUCUGGGUACUGCGGUUGAUACUAGAUUGGUGAGAAAUGUGUACGAUUCGGAUGGCUAUCUUAAUUUAGAAAUAGUUGUCAGUCCACGCUACAUACAACAAGAUUAUUAUAGUGGUGGUCAGACUCCAAUACAAUAUUAUCAACAACAAGAUGGCAAUCUUUCAUCGCCCAGUGUGUUAACGUUUGAUUUAAAAGGUUAUCGUCCAGAAAAUGUUUUAGUUAGAGUAAAUCAACAAGGCCUAUUGAAGAUAUCGGCUACUCACGUCGACAAUACGUAUGGUAAUAGAAUUAAUCGUGAAUAUUUUCGUCCAUAUCAAUUACCUUCAUCAAUGAACUAUGACCUAAUUCGAGCUAAAAUGAAUAAUGAUGAUCGUAUUCUUAGAAUUGAGUUACCUGCCACUACGACAACAUCAGCAUAUGAUUAUUAUGGACGACCUUAUGGUGCUCGUAGACCCUAUAUUGGUGGACCGGGAGCAUUAUGUUUUUGUAACAUUCUUUAA